CCGUGCCCCGCCGCGCCCCCACCCCCAGCGGCGCCGUCAUGUGGCAGGAGGCCAGAAAACACGAGCGCAAGCUUCGUGGUAUGAUGGUCGACUACAAGCGACGUGGCGAGCGCCGGCGCGAGUACUACGAGAAGAUCAAAAAGGACCCUGCCCAGUUCCUCCAGGUCCAUGGCCGAGCCUACAAGAUCCACCUGGACCCGGCCGUGGCCCUGGCUGCUGAGAGCCCCAUCAACAUGAUGCCGUGGCAAGGAGACGCCAACAACAUGAUUGACAGGUUCGACGUCAGGGCCCACCUGGACUACAUCCCAACCUACACCCCCCCCCUGCUCAGCAGCAGCAGCCCCGACCAGGAGUCAGACGAGAGGAAGUGUAACUACGAACGCUACCGAGGGCUGGUGCAGAACGACUUCGCCACCAUCUCUGAAGAGCAGUGCCUGUACCAGAUCUACCUGGACGAGCUCUACGGUGGCCUGCCACGACCAAACGAAGACGAAAAGAAAAAGCUGGCGGAGAAGAAGGCCACCAUUGGCUACACAUACGAGGACAGCACCGUGGAGGAACCGGAGCCCACCUCAGACAAGGACGAGGAGAACUCUGAGGAGGAGGAAUCAGAGGAGGACGAAGGCAUCCCAGAUAUCGACGUGGAGGUGGAUGUGGACGAGCUGAACAUCGAACAGGAGCUGGACCUGAAUAAGAUGGCCACCCCCUACGGCAUGGCAGAAGGAGACUUUGUCAGGAUGCUGAGGAAGGACAAGGAGGAGGUGGAGGCCAUCAAGCACGCCAAGGCCCUGGAGGCGGAGAAGGCGAUGUACUCGGGCCGUCGCUCCCGGCGACAGAGGAGGGAGUUCAGGGAGAAGCGGCUGAAGGGACGUCAGAUCAGCCCGCCCAGCUACGCCAGGAGGGACAGUCCCACGUACGACCCGUACAAGAGGCCGGAGUCGGAGUCCGACUCUGAGUCGCGGUCGCGGUCUCGCUCCCCAGGUCCGGAGAAGAUCACCUUCAUCACCAGCUUCGGGGGGAGCGACGAAGAGGCGGCGGCGGCGGCGGCGGCGGCGGCUGCAGCGGCAGCGGCGGCGGCGGCGGCGGCGGCGGUUGCGGCGGCGGCGGCUCCUCCAAGCUCUAGCCACGCCCCCGUCCACUCGCAGCACCCUGCAGGUCAUAGCAGGGGCUCCCGGAGACGAAGGUCCUCCUCCAGCCGUUCCCCGUCCUCCUCCUCGCGCUCCUCCUCGCGCUCCUCCUCCCGCUCGUCCUCGCGCUCGCGGCGAGCGCGGCGGGGGCGGGGCAGCGGGGGGCGGGACGGAAGGCGCUCCCGCACGCGCUCCCCCUCCCCCUCCCGGCGGCGCUCCGGGUCGAAGGGCGGAGCCAGAGGGGGGAACGGCAGCGGCGGCUCCUGGAGGAGGCGGGAGCGCACACGCACGCCGUCGCAGUCCCGGGAGCGGGAGCGCGACAGAGAGAGGGAGCGGGAGCGCGACCGAGAGCGGGACAGAGAGCGGGAGCGGGACAGAGAGCGGGAGCGGGACAGAGAGCGGGACAAGAGGCGGUAUUCGGGCCGCCGGCAGACCAGGUCCCGCUCCGGCUCCAGGCAGAGGGCCGCCUCCAGGCACGGGGGGCGGAGCUCCGGGGGCCACCGGCGGGGAGGAAGCAGCAGCCCCAGCCCCGCCCCCUCCCCCUCCCGACCCCCCCGGAGCCCCUCCCCCUCCCACUCCCACAGGGGGUCCCUGACCUCGGGCGGCCUCGACAAGCUAAGGAAGCCUGACACUCCGUGCGGUAAAGAGUCUGGAGCUUCCAAACCCAAGAUGACCCCCCAGGAGAAGCUGAAGAUUCGCAUGCAGAAGGCCCUCAACAGGCAGUCCAAGGCCGAUAAGAAGGCAGCUCAGGCCAAGAUCCAGAACCAGGAGAACAAGAGACAGGAACGGGAAGGAGAGCUGCGGGCCAUGGCGCGCAAGAUACGCAUGAAGGAACGAGAGAGGCGCGAGAAGGAGAGGGACGAGUGGGAGAAACAAUAUGGCCGCCAGAGCCACUCCCCCUCCCCGUCCAAAUAUGGCCGUGACCACAGCUCUUCCAGAAGCAGCAGGAGGUCUCGUUCCCGCUCCAGGAGUCCGUACCACAGGUACUGACAGCGCUGAGACCUGCUCUACAGCACCACCUACCUGCCAGCCCAGGAACCACAGGGCUGGACCGCCCACCGGAGGGAGGACGAGCCCAUUGGCUAGGAGAGGGCUGGGGGCGGGCUUAUUGGCUCGGAGAGGGCU